AUGAGAGGAGAAGUACUACUACUACGAACCCUUCUCCUCUGCCUCUUCCUAUCAGCCGCCGUCGGCAAGACGGAGCGCUGCAAUCCACGAGACAAGGCCGCUCUGUUCAAGAUCAAGGAAAGCUUCGGCAACCCUUACCUCCUCGCCUCAUGGCACCCCGACGCCGAUUGCUGCACUAGUUGGUACCAAGUCGAAUGCGACCCAACCACCAACCGCAUCACCGCCCUCACCGUAUUCGCCGGCGAGCUCUCCGGCCAGCUCCCGUCGGCAAUCGGCGACCUCCCUUUCCUGCAGAAGCUCAUCUUCCGCAAGCUCACCAACGUCACGGGUCCAGUCCAGCCCGCAAUCGCUAACCUCAAGUACCUUAACUUCCUCCGGCUCGACCGCCUCAACCUAACCGGUCCGGUUCCUGGGUGGCUAUCCCGGCUCAAGAACCUGACCUUUCUGGAUCUGUCCUUCAACUCGCUCACCGGGUCGAUCCCGAGCGAGCUCGCCGAGCUGCCCAACCUCGACGCGCUCCACCUCGACAGGAACAAUCUCACCGGGCCCAUCCCGGCCUCGUUCGGCAGCUUCAAGGGGAAGUUCCCUUCUCUAUACCUCUCCCACAAUCGCCUCUCCGGCGGGAUCCCGCCCUCGCUGGCCAACUACAACAACGACUUCGCCAUCGAUCUGUCGAGGAACCAAUUGCAAGGCGACGCGUCGGUGCUGUUCGGGGCGGAGAAGAGCGUGCAGUCUGUGGACAUCUCGAGGAAUUUGUUCGAAUUCGAUUUCUCUAAAGUGGCGGUGCUUCCUCCCAACAUGACGAGUUUGGAUAUGAAUCACAACAAGAUCUACGGGAGCAUACCGGCGGCGGCGGUGGACUCGGAUCUGCAGUUCUUGAAUGUGAGCUACAAUCGGCUGUGUGGGAAGAUUCCGACCGGUGGGCAGUUGCAGAGCUUCGAUUCCUCUGCUUACUUCCAUAACCGGUGCUUGUGCGGCGCCCCGCUCGAAAGCUGCAAGUGA